AUGAAAAUCAAUCACAGAUACCCCCAUUCGGCGGCUCUAUUCCUUCUCCUGGCCGCCUUCUUUGUUUCCUUCCACCCGCCCACGUGGGCCACACGCGCCGCCGAGCCGCCGCCCAGAUCGGAGCUUCUCGUGGGAUUCAGAGCAACCCCGGACCCGUCCGUCACGUCGUUCCAGCCCCUGCUCUCCGAUUCCUCCGGAAACUACUCACUGGGUUUCCUCCGAGUUGACACGAACCGACUCAGCCUCUCCAUCAUCCACGUCCCAUCCUCUGUCCAGUUGUGGUCAGCUAACCCGACCAGACCGGCGAGGUGGACCGGGUCAGCCCAGCUAAUGUUCAACGGCAGCCUAGUCCUGUCCGAUCCCAACUCGAGGGUAUUCUGGUCAACCCACACCUCCGGCGCCAGCGUUUGGCUCUCAAACGCCUCGAAUCUGAUCGUCUCCGGCGCCGGCGACAGCCCCCUGUGGCAGAGCUUUGAUUUCCCCUCCGAUACCCUCGUCGAGAACCAGAAUUUCACGACCACCAUGGCUUUAACCUCGUCCAACGGGCUUUAUUCCUUGCGGCUGGGCCUCGAUUACUGGGCCCUGUACGCCAAUUUCGCGAACUCGGAUUCGGAUCCGGGUCAGAUAUACUUAAAGCACGGUGCGCUCGAGGCGAAGGCGGAGGUUAUUCCGGACCGGCCCACGCAGCUGAUCCUCAAAUCCGGCGGGUUUCUAGGCAUGUACCAGAACGGGUCGGUCCCGGUCGACGUGCAGCCGUUAAACUCUUUCCAGCAAAACGUGUCCGGCACCCGCCGGCUCAGACUCGAACCGGACGGGAACUUGAAGGUUUACUACUGGACCGGGUCGGAUUGGGUCCUGGAUUAUCAAGCAAUAUUGGAGCCCUGCGAGCUGCCAAGCGCCUGCGGCGCGUACGGCCUCUGCCGAUCGGGCGGGGAGUGCUCGUGCGUGUCAAACCGGACGAUUCACGGUUCGGGAGUGUGCAAACCGGUACCGGAUCGGGUCUCUGGUGAUUUCUGCGGCGUGGGAGUGAACCGGUUCGUGGUCCUGAGGAGAACCGGGGUCGAACUGCCAUUUAAGGAAUUGAUGGGGUACGAAAAGAUGCCGUCCCUCGAGAAGUGUGAGCGCGCGUGCGAGGGGAAUUGCACGUGCUGGGGCGCGGUGUACAGUAAUUCCUCUGGGUUCUGCUACAUGCUGGAUUUCCCCGUGCAGACGCUAGUGGCGGUUGGGGAUGAGACCAAAGUGGGUUAUUUUAAGGUGUGGGUGGGUGCAAGGAGGAGGAGGGUGGACUCGUGGCUGGGUAUGGGGCUGGGGCUUUUGGGUGGGGUGGUUUUGGUAUUAGGAGUAGUUUUGGGGCUAAGCUGGAAUAAGUUGAGAAGUAGAGGGGUGAAAAGAUAUGUGGAAGAGGAGAGCGUGGUGGGCAUCGGGCCAUACAAAGAUUUGAGUGCUGCCAGUUUUAGAACAAUUGAAUUAUGUGAAAAAUGA